CAUUCUCGACUUUUCAGAAUCAAUUUUCCAGUGAAAAUCGAACUGUACGAUUGGCAAAAGUGAUUUUAAGCUCUUAUGUGUUUUCGUCCUUAUCACAGUGAUUACGUUUUGUUUCGUUUAUUUUUUCUCAAUCUUUUGAGAAUAUUUAUGACUGAGUGAUAUACAAGCAUACUUUUAUCGAAAUUAUUCAAUUAAACAUAACCUUUUCAAUUGAUAUUUACGGAUGAGUUAUAACGUCCCGCCAAAAAGUUUCGUAGAAAAACAAUUGUUGGUUUGUGGAAGAAAAGAAGCCUGUAGUCUGGUAUCACUUUAUAUAGCUUUGAUGUGGAAGUUGCAUCUGGCAACGAACAGGAUAGUUAUAUGACAUCAGGAAGAUCGAUUAUCUGCGAGACUGAAAUGUACAAAGUCGCAUGAUUUGUAUAUGAGAUAUUUGAAAUAUCGUAUUUUGCUGUUUAUAGUAAAGAAAGUGACUUUUAUCGAAGCUUCAAGUGGACGUUGAAGUAAGAACCGUGACGCUGACUUUACAGCACAUAAUACGAGUAAUUUAUUCAAUUAUUAAGUUACCUUAUUAAGCUAUCACAUAGUGUGCGCAUAGUGAUCAACUUUAAAAUAUAAUCAAGGCAUUAAAACGUUCUCUACGAAUAUUAGCGAACGCAAGCAGAUAAAAUGCCUUACCGAUUAAAUUUGAGCAACGGCAACGUACAGAAAUUGUCGAUGAUAAAGGAGAUGGAUAAUGAGACACCACGGGUAGAGCCAAAACCACCGCUCACGCCCAUCACGAGCAUCGCGCGAGAUCUCGACCGUUACAGCUUAUCGUCCAAUGAUACACCGGUCCGUGCUACGAACAGCUUCAUCGGCAAGCCUGAAGACACGCGUACCCGGGAUAAGGAGGAGAAGUCCAACGGGCUGUUCCGCAAUGCAUUCCAAAUUAGAGCAACACCGGAUAGCCCAUUGAAGAAGUCGAGCAGUAAAGCAAGACGACUCUUCAGCAUGGCAUCGUCUGACUCCAGCACGGAGAACUCGCCGAACUGCAUCGCGAGUAGCAGCCACAACGAGGGCGCCGCCAUGUUCAGCAGUCCCAUUACUGGACAAAACUCGACGCCCCACAAGGUAUGCGGCAUGAAAUCAGCGAAGGCGCGACUCCCGUUGGAGGAAUUCGACCCGAACAGCCAAGACAGCGGCUACGGAGGCUGCAACGGCUACUCGGAUGAGAAGCAGUCAACGUCGAACUUCCGCUUCGCCGAGCCAUUCGGAGUGGCACCACGUCGUCUGUCGCUCGAGUCUCGCAGCCCGAUGAAGUCGCCCGUGCGUUCGUCCCCGCAGCGCAAACGUUUCGCUCACCGCAACAAUCUCUUCCGUAGUCUAUCGUCUGGCUACGAAAGCACGGACGACGGCUUCAACGACCUAAUCGACAUGGAAAGCCUUGAGAACGAGAGCGCGCAAGCUCUGCCGAGCGGCUUGUCGAGCCUCAUCUCCGGCAGCAUCGUCUCCGAUAAGCCCGUAGAGUCGAUGGACGUGGCCACCACCCCCGAAGCUACAUCUCGAAAGUCCUUCAACUUUAGGCGCUCAAUGUUGCUGAAGAACGACGGCCUCCGCGACGAGGAGUCCACUCCGCCGAGCAUCUCCAAGGUGCGCUCCUGCCUGUUCCGAUCGCCCUCGGCUACCUCGUCUACCGCCAAGAUCCUCUACGACGAGAGCCCGAAGCGCAGCCGCGACGCUGGCUUCGACUGUGCGCCGGUACCGACGAUGACCAGGAAAUUCAAGCGACCCGACCCACCCGCCAGCCAAUCACCGAUGAUCGUCAAGCGCUCGAGGAAGAGUACCAGCUGCCAGAAUGUCAGCCUUGUCUCCAACUGCAAGGGAUCGUCUCCGCCGCCGCUGCUGAUGCGCAGCCUCUCCGAGACCGAGGCGCACGCUCACAUCAAGUCGGCCAUCAACCGCAGCACCACCGACUCCGAUCUGACCGGCGACUUCAGCAAGACUUGCGCGCUGCCGCUCGCCGAGGGCCAGCACGAGGAUCUCAAGUCCAUCAGCAGCGAGACCCUGUCUGGGCUCAUUCGUGGCCAAUUCAACGACCAGGUCAACGACUUUAAGAUCGUCGACUGCCGCUAUCCGUACGAGUACGACGCCGGCCACAUCGACGGCGCUGUCAAUCUCUACACCAAGGAAAUGAUCGAAGAGCAACUGCUCGACCCCCUCAAGCACGCGCCAGCGAUCGAACCGGAGACGCAGAAGCGCAGCAUUCUCGUGUUCCACUGCGAGUUCUCCUGGGAGCGUGGACCCAAGCUGUCUCGUUUUCUGCGCAACAUCGACCGACAGAGAAACAAGGAGCACUAUCCGGCGCUGCACUAUCCCGAGAUUUAUCUUCUGGACGGCGGCUACGAGAAGUUCUACAAGGACCAAAAGGAGCUUUGCUCGCCACAGGGUUACAGGCCAAUGCGAGAUCCUGAACACGAGGCCGACUUGAAACUUUUCAGAAGCAAGAGCAAGAGCUGGCAGCCCGAGAAGAUCAACAGAGCCAACGUCAUCACAGCCCGAGCAAACCUUAAGCGGCUGGGCUUCUGAACAGGUCCACUCGCGGUAUGUGUAUAUGUAUAUAGUGGACGCGAAUGACAAGAGCGGCUUUUGUUGAAUUUCGAUUCGUUUUUUUUAUUCGGUAAAUUCGACAAAACUCGCCGAGGGCUCUACGUGCAAAUGUAUAUAGCGAAUAUCGUUCGGGAAGCAGGCUUUACAAACGCUUUAAUCUACUGUUUUUUUUUUUUUAUUUUUUUUUUUUUUUAUUUUGUAGACGUACGUGUGCCUCGAGAACGAAUGAUACAAUCGAUUUGUAUGUCUGUGUGCGUGUAUGAUUACAUGUUAGAGUAGUUGUAACCGUAACCAGGUUAUUUAUGUACAAAGGCGCGCGCGAGGAAAGAAUGAGAGAUGUAGGACGAGGCGAGAUAAUAAAGCGAAAAGCGAAAAUAGUCAAUUUUUCUUUUUUAUUUGUAUUAUCGAUUCGCUGACUAGCUUCGUCUGUACCAAAUUAAAUUUAGGUGCCACGGUGAGAGAGAAAAUCAUGGUAAUGUCAAAACAUAAUUGUUCGUCUAUAUCAAAUUUUAUAUUAACCGAGACUGAUGAAUUGUAAAAAAACGUAUAUCUGUCAGUUGUAGGUGUGCGUGCACGUCUUUUUCUUUCGACAUUUGAAAAAGCAACGUUGCGGCGGCGAUGUUUCUCAUUUCUUCCUUGACGGAGUAAAUGUCUACAUGUAUUAUUACGAUAGGCGUAUAUAUUAUUGUUUAUUUUAUAAGUAUAUUAACUUUAAAUGAAAUUUGAUUUAUCGAUCAAAAAAUGAAAACGGGAAAAAAGGUUCAACUUAUCCUGUGAAUAUGUGCAAAUGAGAUUAUAUAUGUUGUACAAAGCUAGAGCGCGCAUUA